AUGGACUUGGAUGAUAAGUUUCAUGGGAAAGUUUCUGGCGUUCAAAGCCUUUCUUCGAAUGUCCAAAGCACCCCAGAGAAAAAUGGUAACUCCGAUCAUGCUUCAAGAAGUCCAGAACUAAUUCAAGAGUUUCCAAAUUCUUCGGGUCCCAAAAAGGAACUUCUCCGUACUUGUUUUGAUAAGGACAAGAAGCUAUCAGCAUCGUUUAAAGGCAAAAUGACGGAACUGAAGUCGUUGGGUAGCAAAACAAUAAAGAAGCAGGAAUCCAAGAAAACGUCUCCUGCCACCAAUAAUCAACUUUCAAAGAAACAGAAAAGGAAGGGAGAAAACCCCAUUCGAAUAGUACCUGCACCAGACCAGUCUCCUGAUUUCGCGAGUUCAAACUCAUGGAUAUGUAAAAAUGCCGCCUGCAGAGCUGUCUUAUCCAUUGAUGACUCAUUCUGCAAGAGGUGUUCUUGCUGCAUCUGUCAUUCCUUUGAUGAGAAUAAAGACCCUAGUCUAUGGUUGUUCUGCUCAUCUGAAACAGCUUAUGAGGAUUCUUGUGGUCUCUCUUGUCACAUCGAGUGUGCAUUUCAGCAUGAAAAGGUGGGGGUUGUUGAUCACGGGCAACUGAUGCAGCUAGACGGCAGUUAUUGCUGCGCUUCUUGUGGUAAAGUAUCAGGGAUUCUCGAAUCCUGGAAGAAACAGCUCAUUAUUGCAAAAGAAGCCCGUCGUGUUGAUCUGUUUUGCUAUAGGAUAUACCUGUGUUAUAGACUACUUGAUGGAACUUCAAGAUUCAAAGAGUUGCAUGAACUUAUAAAAGAAGCCAAAGCCAAAUUAGAAACCGAGGUUGGUCCGUUAAAUGGCGAUUCUGCGAAGAUGGCACGAGGCAUUGUCAGCAGACUCCCCAUUGCUGCUGAUGUGAAUAAACUAUGCACUAUUGCAACUGAACGUGCAGACGAAUGGCUGGCUUCAGCUUCUAAUGUCAAUUCCAGCUGCAGAGAGGGCUCGCUGCCCGCUGCCUGCAGGUUUUUCUUCGAAGAAGUGGCAGCGUCAUCAGUCAUAAUAAUUCUCAUUGAAAUGUCAGCUGCAUCAUCCGAAGAUAUCAAGGGCUACAAACUCUGGUAUACCAAGAGCAGAGAAGAGACUCCUCCAAAGGAAUCCAUUUCCGUCUUCCCCAAGACUCAGAGGAGGAUUCUGAUAUCAAAUCUGCAGCCCUGCACUGAAUACACCUUUCGAAUUGUGUCAUACACUGAAUCUGGCGACUUGGGUCACUCUGAAGCCAAGUGUUUCACCAAGAGCGUAGAGAUAUUCCGUAAGCUUCCCAGCUCUUCUUCAGCUGCAGCAAAUGGUGGUACCAAAGACGACACCACCACCACCACCAACGAAGGAGGAAGCACCUCCAAAGCCACUACAGAAGGCAGUAGUGACCUCUCGGGGUUCAGGGUUCGAGAACUCGGGAAGAUCAUCCGCAUGGCGUGGGCUCAGGAGCGAGCCUGCUCUGAUGGCUAUUGCUGUGAUGCUGCCGAUUCUGCAAAACCAGAGUCUACUCGGGAUCACGAGCUGCCUGCUGCACUACGUCAACUCGAUCUCAACGUCAUGUCCGUUCCCGAUUUGAACGAAGAGCUCACGCCUCCCUUCGAGUCGUCCAGAGACGAGGACAACGACUGCACACUGGAGGGUCAGGCCAUGGUGGUCGCAGACGAUGAGGCCGCUUCUCACGACAACGUAAAGAAGGACAGCUUAGAUAGAUCCAAGUCCAACGGCAGUGGCGACUCAGCCCCCGCCGUGGAUUCCCGUGGAGACAGAAAGAGGCCUGCCCCGUCUCAAAGGGCCAACGAGGAGGUCCAUGACUGCGACAGCACUCUCAUCAACGGCUCGCCACUUCGCCAGUCGAGAGGCUCCGGUUCGUUGGACGAGAACUUCGAGUCGUGUGUGAAGAUCAUCCGGUGGCUGGAAUGUGGCGGGCACAUCGAUCAGGAGUUCCGCCUGAAACUGCUGACUUGGUUUAGCUUGCGGUCCACGGAACAGGAACGGCGAGUUGUCCAUACCUUCAUACGGACCAUGGUCGACGACCCGACCAGCCUAGCAGAACAACUGGUCGACUCGUUCUCGGAUAUUGUAUCGAGCAAGAGGACGAAGAAUGGCUUCUGCAGCAAGUUAUGGCAUUAA